UUCUACAAGACUGGAUAACAACAACCAAAAUACAAACAUGUUGCGGUCUGUAAUGUCCAUUUUGGUGCUUUUGGCUCUGGGAUCCCAGGACAGAACAUUUGCUGCUUAUGACUAUAAUAAAUACCACAGCAUGGAUGAGAUUUCGGCCUGGAUGAAUCAGAUUGAGAGAGAAAAUUCAGAUGUUGAGUCCAGCAUGAUAUAUGGGCAGACUUAUGAGAAGAGGAACAUCACAUUAUUGAAGAUUGGCUUUAAGAGCACCAUGGAAAAGAAGGCGGUUUGGAUAGACUGUGGAAUCCAUGCCAGAGAAUGGAUAGCUCCAGCUUUCUGCCAGCAUUUUGUCAAAGAGAUCCUGGACUCCUACAAAACAGACUCCAAGAUGAACAUGUUGUUUAAAAAUCUGGACUUUUACAUCACUCCCGUCCUGAACUUGGAUGGAUAUAUUUAUUCCUGGAAGGACAACACAACUCGACUAUGGAGGAAGUCAAGAUCACCAGGAACUGAGGACUGCGCAUGUUUCGGCACAGAUCUCAACCGCAACUUUUACGCAAAUUGGGGGAUGGUCGGUAUCUCCAGGAACUGUUGUUCAGAGGUGUAUAACGGUCAUACUGCUCUAUCUGAGCCAGAGGCCCAAGCCGUCACUGACUUUUUAGGCAAACAUCAAAACAACAUUCUCUGUUAUCUCACCAUCCACUCAUACGGCCAGCUCAUCCUUGUCCCGUAUGGACACCCCAACAUCUCAGCACCCAAUUACAAUGAAUUGAUGGAAGUAGGCCUUGCUGCAGCAAAAGCCAUCAAAGCAGUUCAUGGGAAAGACUACAAAGUGGGCAGCUCUCCUGACGUGCUGUACCCGAAUUCUGGCUCAUCGCGUGAUUUUGCGCGACUCAUCGGGAUCCCCUACUCUUUUACCUUUGAGUUACGGGACAACGGAACAUACGGUUUUACUCUACCUGAGGAUCAAAUCCAGCCCACGUGUCAAGAAGCGUACCAGGGCGCAAUGUCCAUCAUUAAUUAUGUCCAUGAUAAGACUUUUACCAGUGCAGCGAUUACGGUAACAGCCACAUUGUGGACAACACUGACAGCUUUAUGGAUCUCAAGCACUAAUGUGUUUUAGACCGCAACAUGUUAUAUUAAUUUAAGGUGAUGACAUGUCAUUUAAUUUAUAUGUACCUAGGAUGUCUGUUUAUUGUAAGAAAUCAGCAUUAUUUGAUAUAUUUUAUAUUAUCGCUUAUUGUACAUUCAAACAAAUAUUGUGUAAGUGGAGCCACAGUGAAACAACCAAUGUGAACGUCAGCUAAAGCAUUUUGUCUUGUCAUGUUUUAUUACAUCUAAAAGAAAUUGUUGUUUGCUAUGCUGCCCUCAAUAUCACUUUCCAACCUGUCGAUC